CCCGAAAACAUUGGUAUUUGUAAAAAGCAAACCGACGAGCGGAUAAGGCGAAAUACCUGAAAGGCAGCAGCGAAAAACACGAAAAGCCAGAAACAGCAACCCAAACCAAAACCCAAACCCCAAUCCAAACCGAAACAACUCGAACUUCGUGCAGUGUGGCAAACUGAAAAAGAAACUGAAAAAAAAACACAGAAAAAGAAGCGAGUCGAAGCGUAAAUAAACAGAGAGAACUGGAGCGAAUGCCAAAAAAAUAAAUAUAAAAUAAAAUACAACCGAUAAAUACAAAAUAGAGUGAAAACCAACACACUCAGAGGGAUAUAGAAAGACGUUGUUUCCGGAAAAAGCGCGGAAAAGUGCAUUUCAAUUUUUUUCGAGUGAAAGUUGGGGGCCCACGCCCACCCACGUCCACGCCCACGCCUACGCCCACAAUGAACCGUUCGAACAGCUUUGUUAGCUCGCUGAAAUGGUGGCCACUGCAGGGCCACAACAAUCAGCCGGCUGUGGCGCCACCUACCGGCGGCGGCGGCGGCGGCUACUCCCAGUCGGCGCCCAGCUCGCCCACUUCCAACUGGCCACCGCCACUGCAGCAGCACCAGAACCCCACCGCCCACCGGCUGUUGCCGCCCAACGCCCACCAGAAGGUCGCCGGCGGUGGCAUUGUGGGCGCCACCUUCGGCAGCAGCGUGGCCGUACAGAAGCUGCGCGAAUCCAAGUGGUUCAAGUCCGAGGAGCAGCGCAUCUUCUGCGCCGUCGUCGAGUGCGGCUUCAUUGUAGAGAUCCGCAGCAGCGCCGCAGCAGAGGCGGCAGCGGCCAAUGCUGCAGCGGCGGCCGCAGCAGCCGCCUCCGGUGACGCCGAUGUCGACGUCGACGACCUCGAGGAGCUCGACUGCCCCCUCACCGCCCAGCCCCUGACCCCACCAAACCAAGCCCAAAAGCAAAACCAAUCCCAUUCCCACCCACAGCGGCUGGUCAUCCCGCGCAACGGUAGCAGCUUCCUGGAGACGCAGGACGAGAACGAGACGCCAGUCGCCUCCUGGUACGGCAUCGUCCUCUGCAAGGUGGCCAAAGACAAUAAACCCAAGCCCGAGACCAUUGAGAUAUUUUCUGUGAAAAUACGUGAGAACGGCACAUACAAACUAAUCAAGAUGCAACUGGCGGAUAUUUGGAACCAUGGAUGGGAGCUGCGCAUCAACAAUUUUGCCGACAAGGAGAAGGUCCCCCACAACGAAAAGGACAUUCGCAAUCAGGUUUCGGUGGCGCGCAAGGCCAAGCAGAGUUUGUGGAACAACAACAAGCACUUCGUGUACUGGUGCCGCUACGGAAGUCGUCAGCAGGAUCUGCGGAAGCGACAGUUAGAUUUUCCGGAUUCAAAGUCCCACAUACGUUGAGUUCUUGUAUUCAAAUGAAAAACAAGCUUAAAGUCUGGGUGAACUGGAUUAUCUGGCGGAUUGGGCGUGUGAAAAAAGCGAACCAAAAGCGAACUGUUGGCGAAAGUGAAGAUCGGAAACGGGCCCAUGGGCCAUGGGCGCCACACACACAGCAUACAGCACACCUCCUUGUUGUUUGUUAUCUUCUACCGGCACUUAAAUUCCGGCCAGGCCUUCAUCGCCCAGAACCGAGACGUACGUAUUUCUGUUUGUACCCAGUGUCUUACAAGUGAAUCUAUAUUGCAGAUGUCGGAGUGCGUGAAAUGGGGCAGCGUGGGCAUGAAUGCGGGCAUGCUGCUGGUGCUCAAUAAUCGGCAGAAAUGCCAUUCCCACUCAAAGUAACAAGCUAACUAGUUACCUUCUUCAUUUUCCCCAAAUCGAUUUAUAUAGAUGGAUAUAUAUAUAUGAAAUAGCUUGCCUACUGCUAGAGCGUAGAAACCACAGAACGAUUUUAUACAGCAAACAAGUAUUAAAGCAAAUUCGGAUGAUAAGAUAAUUUAUGGCUUAAGAACGCCAAGGGCAGUGGAAAAAAACCAAAUGCAAAUAUACGUAUUAAGUGCAGAGAUAGCCAAGAAAAUUCAGUUCAGGGCGAGGGCUUUUUUGGCAGUAUUAAAUAAAAAAAAAAUUGAGGAAAUUUUUAUAAGAUUAAAAUCACAAAAAAAAAAAAGCAGGGCGAAGCUGAGCAAAGCAAGAAACAUGGCCUAAAUCCAUACGUCACAAAAACACACUACACUCCCGCCCAAGUUUGUAGAGCUGUUGCAACUGGAGCUACAAUUUAUCAGAAUACUUUUGUAUUUACCAUUGUGUAUAUGACACAGAACGAGAGAGAGAGACACACACACACUGUGAAAUUCGAAAAGACUUAUUAAAUAUUUGUUUGUUUUUUUUUUGUCCUAAUUUUUUGUUUUUCCAUGUGAUUAAAUACGUAUACAUUAUUAUAUAUUUAUAUAUACAUUGUGAAAAUGGCAAGCAUACAUGCAAGGCAACAUUUAUUGUUUUCUUCGUUAUUUAAGCGUAGUUAAGAGACACCCGAAGAUAUACCCAACCUAUAAAGAACGGGGCUAAAAUCAAGCGAAAACUCUACGUAGCAAGCAUAAUAAUUUAUAGCAUUGUAAAACAAUCAAAACAUUCGAAAUGUUUCGUUAUGUAUUUAGCUAUUUAGCUCUACGCGACCGAAGACUACGACUCAGAACCGAAAAUUAGAAAAGAAAAAUGGUAUACCUAGGCAAAAAUGGCAGAUGCAGAUGCAGUUUUGCCGGAAAAUAUUUUUGUACAUAGGGAAACUGAAAACUGGACGCACUGUACGGAUACGGACUUUUACAUACGUAAUCAAGAAAGAUACAAAAUUUACAAAAUUAAACUACAAAAAAAAA